CGUUGCAGAGGGAAUACCAGCGGAUAAUCCACACUUAGUACUUUUGUUUUUCAUGUCACAAUUGUUUUUGCGUGAACUCACCAAGUGCCAUCGUCUUGUUCAAAUUAUACCUAUGGAUAUGUCCGGCUACUAUGAAAAUAGAGCCGGCCCAUCAAAUAUUGGAAAUGUAAUAAGUCAGAUAUUGUUGUGUAAACAAAUUACACCCGACUUUAACCAAGAGGAACUAUGUAGUAUUACAAAGGAUUCCCAAGAAAUAUCUAAACUAUUAAAAGAACUGCAAGAAUAUAUGCCUAAACAGGAGAAUAAUUUGGAGCGAAAUAUCGCGCUAACGGAAGACCUUAGCCAGUGGACCAAUAAACGCCGAAGGAAUUCUUUAUAUAAGAACAUGAGGUUUUUGUGCUGUAUUCGCCGACCAAACUACUUGUGACUGUACAGGAAAAAGAGAAGGUAUUCUCUGCCAUUGGAACUAACCUCGUGUUGAGGUUGAGCACCUCUCGUCUGAAAAAAUACAGUGCUGCUGGUUUUUCACAAUUUUUCACAUGGCAUCUCGUUUGGAACAAUAUCUUCGUAAAUACAGGAGCGUACGACUAAAACCUAAUCCUCGAAGUAGUCUAAUUGUUUAGAAUAUUAAUAGAUGCUAUUUUUACAUUGCACGUAUGUAUCAUAAGUUAUCUCACGGGUAAUAAAUACCAUAAUGCCUAUUAUCUGACAGACAUUUAGAACGCAAACAUUUUUGUGGCAAAUAUCGAUUUUUUGUUACAGCACCCCAUAUUUUCGACUGUUCUGUCAGAUAAGAGUGCAAACCAAUAACUGGCGCUAGAUAUUCAUUGUAUGGCUCUAUAACAUUGCAUUAGUUGCUAAUAAAGUACUACCUAGCUGUAUUACCAUCUAGUUUUAGAAUUCGCUUACGUCGCGAAUAGUUGUUAAUGUCCAUUUACACCAGUCUUAUGGAAACUAAUUAUAAAAAUAAAUUGAAGAAUAAGUGCGGAAAUAAAAUAUUUUAUGUUUGAUUCAAAUUUGUAUUGUUGAGAAUGUACACCUUUUACAAUUGUUAUAUAUAGGAUUCGUCCGAAAAAUUGUGGUUUAUUAGAACGUUGCUACGUGUAAGUGGAUUGCAAAGUGAAUUUUAUAUGAUAGGUAAUCUAAACCAUGAUACAUUUAGUACCAAUUAGAAGAGUAGAGUUCGAAGAGGCUAAAAUCAGACUGCUCAUUAUCGAAAAACGAACCUACUUUCUUCUUCUGCUCUUCCGACAAAUUUAGCUUAGGGAAACACAUUGUAGAGUGUUACAAGUGGUGACGAUGGUAUUUUCUUUUUAUUCGCACGCAAAUCCAACUGUUACGAGAGAUAUCACACUUGUCGUCACUACUUUAGCCAAAUAUGUGAUUUGUUCUGACCAAAAUGCCAGCUUGCUGGUGUUCAAUAACAUUUAUCUUGUGAUGUAUUCGUAAAUUUAUUUAAAGGCUGGAAUUGGUGGCCGAAUAUUAUAAAUCAAACUUAAAUGUUGUUCAGUAAUAAAUACUCAAGUGAAUUCACAAUAUACACCAAUUUUAAUAAAAAUAUUUUAUCACUCAAUAUUAUAUAACUUUGUCAGGAUUUACUGUUGUCUAUGUGUCUUAGAAGUAGAUAACUGAAAAACUAUUUAUAUACAUAAGCAUUAUUUCUAGAAUCUGUGAUAUAGGUGGAAAACAGAGCUCCGUCAAUUUCUAUUUAUUGUUGUACGGUUAGUUAUUUUCAAUAAUUAUAGAGUUGUGUAACCAGAGAACAAAUAAAGCCUUUUCAUGUC